AUGCCACCAAGAGUUAGAGGAAUGGGACGUGGAAAAGGUCCGAUGAGGGGAGGACCAUCAGGACAUAUACCCUCUCAUUCUCACAGCUCAGAUCCUUACCACGGUUCGGGAAAUGCUUACUCGUCACAACCAGCGAGACAUUCUGUCUCACAUGACUCAUCACCAUCUAACCAUCAUUCCUACCAUUCUCAUUAUUCCCAUCAAUCACACCAUUCACAACAAUCCCAUCAUUCACACUCCCACUCAUUUCAUGGGUCUUUUGACCCAAACCUGUAUAUUAACACACCUCCAGCUGCUCAGAACCAGUUGGACCAAUAUAAUGAGCCGGACGAAGACUCAGAUCCGGAGAUGCCACCAUCGGGGUCACAUAUGCACCCCAUUGAGAUUUCUAGUGGUUCUGCGUCUUAUGCAGGAUCACCUUACCAAGGUCCUAACGAAUGGGACCAACAUUGGAACCAAUUCACAUUCGAGAAUACACCUCCCUAUCAUUCCCCGACACUGCCUCCGCCGCCUCCACAAGAGGACAUGUAA